AUGUUGAUAUUAACAUUCAUCAUCUUGAUCUUUGUAAAUCAAUUCAUUUAUGUGGCUACUAUUCCUGCUCCGGCUCCUGCACCAAAUCCACUUCCAUAUUAUCUUUAUCAAAUUCUUACAACGACACUACCAUCCCCACCAUACCCUGCGAUCUUUCCCAUGUCUGAUCGUGAUGCCGCCGAUGGCUUUGUGCAUCUAGCUCGAGCCAUCAAUAUUUUGCCUCUUUUCAUGCAAAAUUACAAUAAUUCUGUUCAACUGAGUGUUCUAAAAUUAAAUUAUGCAUGGAUGCGUGAAAAUGGACGCUAUGAUGUUCGAUGGGAAUGGUCUCGUUCCAACUCGACUAUUUAUCCACAUUUGUAUGGAAAUACAACACGAGAAAUGAUAGUCGAUGUACGUACUUGGUCACGAGCACAAUAUGCGUUGUGGAAUAGCACAAGUGUUCCUACUGAUGAAUGGCUAACAGAUGACUGUGAUAUGAAGCAUGCUUCAUUCAUAAUCACUUUUUUUUUGCUAUGUAUACUUAUCAUUUAA